AUGCGGGCAGCAAUGACAUAUGCGUUUGGGCAUCUGCAGGGUCUAGGCAAUCUGCAUGUGCAUGAAUCAGAGUUGUGUAGCAGCCAGAUGUUAGGUAACCCCUCAGUGUCAGUUGAGGUGUCUAGUUACAUGUGCAGCUUGUGGUGCCGCAAGGUAAGAUUACUCACUAAUGCUAAGAAUCAUAUUCUGAAAAGAAUGUAUCACUUUAACCAUUGCCCUGAUAACUGGGCUAUCCUUGAUUACCUGGCCUGGAGGACGCGUUGCUUGCAUGCUGCUUACACAAUAGCAUUUCUUUGUAUGUUAUGCUCUGAUGAAGUCCUGAAAAUACAGCUUCAUGACCUUCAUUUCUUUUCUAAUGGUCUUAUUCUGAUGCUUCCAUUCAGGAAAACACACCAAAAUGGUGAUAUCAAACCUUUUUGGCUGUGGAUCAUGCCCACAGAAGAGCACCUAUGUGCCAUUCAAGCUAUUGCUGAGUGGAUCGCAGCCUCUAAAAUUCUGACUGAAGCCAACCAGCCUUUGACAUCCGAACAAUUUUUAGAGUUGUUCUGCAACAAUCUCCUGGAUAUUGGGGUGGAUCCCUCAUCAUAUGGUACACAUUCAUUUCAGCAUGGGGGCUGCCAGUAUCUGCACAUUGAACGCUGGUGGCUGCUGCAUCACAUAUGUGAAUGGGGAGGCUGGAGCCUCAAGUUUACUAACUUAAUGAUUGUCAAAUAUCUCAUCUCACACAACAAUGAUGCCACAGAGCCUCAUGAGCAUUUUUUCAACCCUGACUGCAGCCCAUCUGUCAAGUGCCCACAUUGUGGAAGGUCAUGCCCAUGUGCUUGA